GCCAAAAAUGCGACUUAUGAUAAAGUCCCAGGGUGAAAGGCAAGACUUCCUGCUACCUAAAUUUCGGCCCAUUCCACGAAUAAAAGCCCCGAGAUACGGGGCCAAACAUCUCGCUGCCCAAGUUUUGCCCCAUUCUGCCCAGCCGUUGGCGAGAAAAAUGCGCACAAAGGUGAAAAACCUAAGCUCACAAAAGAUAAGAAUGAUGAUUAUCGUCCAAAAAGGUCUCGGGGGAAUAAAGAUAUGAACAUCUUACAGCAAACCGCAAGUGUCUAGCUUAUGUGGUUGCUGAGAUAUGUAGUGUUCUUUGUCGGCCUUGUUUUCGGGCCACAAUUCUUAGGACGAAGACAACUUCAUUGCUUGCGUGCCAGCGCAGUCAUUCAAGUAACAACAAGUAGGAUGAGCGCAUUAUUUCUUCAGGAUUGGCCGGAAUGGAACGGCAAACCAGGGGUAGGGCCCAACAUCCUAGCAAGUGCGGUCGACAAUCAACCCCAGACUCGGUGCUGGCCGCACGUCGAACAUAAGUUGAUAUCCAGAGCGAGGCAAAUUAUUCAAACUUCGCCGACAGAAUCCAAUGAAAGGAUGGUUUUCAUGACCAAGAUAUAAGAUGAUGGUUACGGAAAUUGAUUCUUCGAGCUUUUGUGAGUGAAACCUAAGCGGGGAUUGGCCACAUAGGCACACAAAGGAGAAUUAUG